UACGUUGGAUUUGAUUCCCACGUAGAGGAUAGGUGCUUUGUAAAUUGUAGUGUAGAAGAAGAAUGGGGAAACAAAUAGUAGCAACAGUAACAGUGUUGAGUACUCUUUAUCUCUGCUGCAUCAACAAUAACUUGGCAGUCUCCGAAUAUUACUCCAAGACUCGUCGUUGCUCGCCGAAACAACAAGUCGUCACCAAUCUCCAUUUCUUCUUUCACGACACUCUCACCUACCCGAACCCAUCAGCCGUCCUCAUAGCCAAGCCCAUUAAUCUCACCAGCUUGAUGAACAACUCUUCUUCUCCGUCACCUUUCGGCUCUCUCUUCGCCGUGGACGACCCUCUCACCCUCGGACCCGACCCGAGAUCGAAGCAGAUCGGUAACGCCAGAGGGAUGUACGUCUCCUCCGGAGAACGUCUUCCCACGUUGACUAUGUACCUCGACUUCGGCUUCACCUCCGGCCAUUUUAACGGCAGUUCAUUCACCGUGUUUUCUAGGAAUCCGAUUACGGACAAGGAGAGGGAGCUUGCGGUUGUGGGCGGUCGAGGAAAGUUUAGGAUGGCCACAGGAGUGGCUCAACUCAAUACAUACUCGGUUAACUUGACCACUGGUGAUGCUAUUGUUGAGUACCAUGUCACUCUCUAUCAUUAUUAAUUAGCACCAUAUGCAAACCACUAUUACUAUCUUUGAAUAAAAUGUUCAAGGUUGAUUUCUACAAGACUUCGUCUACAUUAAUUUUUGUUAUUUUGCAUCUUUUGUUAUAUUGUUGAGUACAAUGUCACUCUCUAUCAUUUAUUAACACCAUCAUGCUUACAAGGCUAUGAUCAA